UAUCUGACCCUGCGUACACGGGAGUAUAUUCCCUCCUCUCCUGCUAGAGAGAUUAGCCUUGCCGAGCUUCGCCUUCCUCCUACCUGCACAAGACCCCUCUCCUGGCGGCCCCGCCCCUGAGGGGCAGCUCCUCAUUUCCCAGCCCGCCCCGCAGGGCCCCAGCAGCUGCAGCAGGGAGUCUUGGGCUGGACUGGGCUGGGCUAGGGGAGGGGUGGGGGGGAGAAAGGGCGGGGCGGCCGGGGAAGGAAAAUUGAGCUCACUGCUGGGGCUGCGGGGAGCCGGGGUUAGAGCUCUGGCGCCAGUUUGAACUAACCUAACGCCGCCCCAGCCCCAGCCCCAGCCCCAGCCCCAGCCUGCGGGCCGCCUGGCCGGGCCGGCCGGGGACAGCGGCACUGCACUCGGGACCCUGCGCCCUACCGGGGCUGCAUGGAGCUGUCACCGUUUCGAAGCUGAGCGGCUUCUCGCCGGGCUGGGCUGGGCGCUCGAGAGAUAAGGAAGGAGGCAGGAAAGAAACGAGGAGAGCUGUGCGGGAUAGGGAACAGACAGGACCGCACCGGACCGCCAGCUGCUGCCCUCUCGCUGGCUUCUCCGGCUCUUCUCUCUCCUCCUCCUCCUCCUCCUCCUCCUCCUCUUCAUUUCUUGUCCCUUCUCUUCUUCCCCGGCUCUCUCGGUGCACUGUCUCUCCAGUUCUUGCCGGAACCUGGUGCCCCCGGGGGAGGCCACGGGGGGCGCAGCGCAAAGUGGCGCGGAGCAAUGUCCACAGCCACGGCGGCAUCGGGCCUCGAUGUGUCCCGGACAGCGGUGCUGGCGGAUGGCAGCGGGGAUCCCGUGCCCAAGAACCGCACAGGUCAGUGUAGCCGAGCCUCUCCUCCUCAAGGGGGCACCUUCCAAGUGAUCGCUGGCAAUGGUACCGCUCUUGGGACGAUACUGAUGUUCCAUUGCCCUAUAGGCCACCAGAUGCUGGGGCAAGGCAUCGUUACUUGCAUCUGGAGAGAGAAUGGCACAGAGUGGACAAAUGGGACACCGACAUGCAAGGCUCUACCCGUCUAUGAAACCUUUGGGUUUAAGGUUGCUGUGAUCGCGUCCAUUAUAAGCUGUGCCAUCAUCCUGCUGAUGUCCGUCGCAUUUUUAACCUGUUGUCUCCUCAAGUGUGUAAAGAAGAACGAACGGCGUCAAACUGAAAGAGAUAUGCAGUUUUGGUACCAACUCAGAAGCGAAGAACUAGAAGAUAUGCAAGCUGCUCACUUUGGCUACAAGGGUCGAAACAACAGCAACAACAAUAGGGCCAGGAAUAUGUCAGUGAGUGUUGGAGAGAAUGCAGAGGCUGCGUAUGACAACCCAGGUUUUUCCAGGAAUCAGGAAGACCACGUGGGAUGGAGAGGGAAUAAUAUGAACACUUACCAGCAAAAUGAAAAUGACUUAUGGUCUAUGGAGCAACAAGGUCAGAUGCCACAUGGAAGACACUUCCUUCCACGAGUCAGUGUUGGUCUACCAACAGUGAGCACAGUUCACCUGUUUGAAAUUUCUGGAGAAGACAUGAGGAUUCCCAAGAAGCCUACAACAUAUAUCCCUGGUUAGCCAAAAAAGGACAGAAUUCGUUUGUGGGACCCAGACCAGACACUGCAAGGAGACCUCACUCUAUGUGCCUUAAAAACUCCAUUGACAAGACAGUGUCAGGCAUUUAUUGGGAUAAUUCAUCUGUAUCUGAAGAUUGUAUUCAAACAUGCUUCUAGGGUUAUUAACGUGAAUAUUAUAACCGUUGUUGAUAUUGAACAGUGAUGCUGGCUGUUAGCUAGCUAAUCAAUUGAAAUCAUAGCUGUCACCAAAAAAUCCUGUUGUGAUCUUACACAAAAAUGGAAAUAGCAAAUUGUCAAUUUUACUGCUUUGAAUGUCAUCAAGGAGCGUAACCUUUCAGCUGCUGAAUUCCUUUAACCUGAAUUUCUUUUGUAAAUUUGCAAAUGGGGAUACAUUUUUAAAACAUAUUUUUGCACAGUAGAAUAAGAAAAUGACAAUAAAAUAUUUCUUUCUAAA